CACAGUGAAGGAAGGAGGUGACAGCGACGCUCGCUCUCUGCUCGCACACUUUUAUUCUCACACCUGAGAUUAUUGUCUUUAUUUCUGUGUGUGUGUGGUUUUUAUUUUGGUUUAGUUUGUUUUUGUUGCCACUUCUUCUUCUCAAGGAGGUUUUGUGUGUGUGUGUGUGUUUGGACCGUGGGCGAGGACACGUGGACUAAAAUGUCCGUGAACCUGAAUAAGAAUGGCACGGCGCUCAUGGCGGCGUAUAAAGAGGUGGUCGACGGCAAGUCACACACAAACUGGGCUCUGUUCACGUAUGAAGGGAACAGUAACGAUGUCAGACUGGCAGAAACAGGAGAAGGAGGUUUAGAGGAGAUGGUGGAGGAGCUGAACAGUGGGAAGGUCAUGUACGCUUUCUGUCGCGUCCAGGAUCCAAACUCUGGUCUGCCCAAAUAUGUCCUUAUUAACUGGACAGGUGAAGGAGUGAAAGACUCUCGUAAAGGAGUCUGUGCUAACCACAUAGGCUCCAUGGGCAGUUUCUUAAAGGGAGCCCAUGUGACCAUCAACGCCCGCACAGAGGACGACGUGGAGCCAGAGACAAUCCUGUCCAAAGUGGCCAAAGCGUCUGGAGCCAACUUUAAUUUCCACAAACAGACGGAGUACAGAGACGCACCGAGAGGACCUGUGGGCUCAGUGUAUCGUAAGGUCAACGCCGUGGAGGAAAUCCAGCAAACUAAAAAGGACGAUUUCUGGGUCCAGACUCAGAGGGACGAGGAGCUGCGUCGCCAGGAGGAGAACAGACGAGCGCAGCUGGAGAGACAGAGGGUGGAGGGGGAGAGGAAGGAGGUGGAGGAGAGGCAGACGAGGGAGAGGGAGAAGCUGACCAAGGAGAGAGCGGAGAGGAUCCAGCAGGAGAGGAUUUAUCAGAAUCAAAGAGAAGAGGAAGAGAGAGAGAGAGAGCAACAGAGACAGAAUCAGCAGCAGAAAGAAAUGAAGAGGACGAGCAUCAGAUCUGCUCCGUCUGUGCAGAAAGCUGACGAAGCUAAAUCCCUGAUUUCUCAGAGAUCUUUUAAUCCCCGAGACAUUUUCAAACAGAGGGAGCAGAGUUUCCACGUCUCCGACGACGUCUCGUCUCCCACGUCACACAAACCAGGGAAACUGCAGAGUGUGUUCACGUCUCAGAAAUCCUUUGAGAGAGAAGCAGAAACACCGGCGCAGCCUCGUUUUCCUCCCUCUGCGUCCUUCGUGGCCGCUCCUGUCCGUCCACUGUCCCCCGUCCGUCGCAUCUCACCUGUCAUGUCUUAUUCCCCGGCUGCAGCGGUGUCUUCUGAACCACUAGAGGUCCCCAGUUCACCUGUUCACGGUGCAGCAGUGGAGGACGAGUGGUCCGAUGAGUUUGAUGAAGAUGAACCCACUCCAGAGGAGGACCUGUACGAAGCUGCUGCACAAACACCAGGAACUCCAUCAACAGCAACAGUGGAGGACCUGUAUGAGAACGUCGAGCACCACUUUGGCACGGCUGAAGAUCGCAGUGGAGGAGACGACGCUAACGGUCAGAACAUCAGCGCCAGAGCUCUGUACGACUACCAGGCUGUGGACGACACUGAGAUAACCUUUGACCCCGAGGACAUCAUAUCUGGAAUAGAGAUGGUGGACGAGGGUUGGUGGAGAGGUUACGGACCCGACGGCCACUACGGCCUGUUCCCCGCUAAUUACGUAGAACUUCUCUAGCCCCGCCCCCUCCCUCCCUACCUGAUAAUCAACAACAAACUUUUUUUUAUAUAAUAAAAACACAAAAAAACUGGUGACUGGAAAAAGGACAAAUACGAAUAAAUGCGUCUCAUAAAUGAA